AUGCGCUUAAUCGAGCAAAAGUGGAGUGGUAAUUGUUUAUUAGUUAGUAUCACGAAACCGUCAACGUCUAGAAUAGAACUCGAAACAUCUCCUCCGUCUUCACCGGCGAUCAAAUUCGCAAUGGCGAGGAAAUUAGGAUUUACUUUUUUACUACUAGCAGUAGCGUCGAUCUGUGAGGCUGCUGCAAUAUUUAACCCGAUCUCUGAAUCUCACAAGUCCGCGGCAAUUGAACUGUUUUCCCCUGCCGAUGGUUCAUUUUCGAGCUUAGAAGAAGCAUUCGAAGCUUUAAGGACAUUUGAAAUCCUUGGAAUAGACACAAAACCUGAUCUAAAGGAUUCCACUUGUAAAUCUGUGGUGGAUAUUCUUUCUUCAGAAUCAUCCAACUCAAAGGAUUUGUAUCAUGCAUUACGAGUUAGUUCGUUAUUAAAAUGCAAGAUUAACAAAGAAGCUCUAACGGGUGUUACAUCAAGGCUUCAAGGCUCUGUCAAAGAUGCAAAGUCACUUCUAGAUUUCUACUAUUCGAUAGGAGGUUUGACACUAAUCAAGGAUCAAACUUCUGAAGUUGAUGUGCUUCUUGACGAUGCUGAUGGAAUUUUUCAAUCCAUAAAGGCUCUUAGUCAAAGUGAUGGAAGGUGGCGUUACAGCUCUAACAAUCCUGACUCAAGCACUUAUGCUGCAGGAGUAGCACUUGAAACACUUUCUGGAAUUAUUACUUUGACGUCUUCUGAACUUGAUGGCAAUCUGAUUGAGGCACUGAAAAAGGAUGUUGUGAAGCUAUUUGAAAAUAUUGAUAAAUAUGAUGAUGGGGCCAAUUUCUUCAAUGAUCAACAUCAAGGUCCUGUUUCAGCCACCUCAUCAGUUGUUCAUGGGCUGACAACUUUCGCUUCCGCUUCCGGAACUUUAAAUAUACCAGGGGACAAGAUAUUGGGUUUGGCAAGAUUUUUUCUUGGGAUUGGAAUCCAUGGCAAUAGCAAGGAUUUAUAUCACCAAGUUGAUGCUUUAGCUUGCUUAGAUCAAAACAGGGCAUUGGUUCCUCUCAUUUUAUCACUUCCAGCUAGUGUCCUUUCGUUUACCAGCCAAGACAAACUUAAGGUCAGGGUGACCACUGUACUGGGAUCUACAUCUACCACACCUCCUUUAUCAGUAAAACUCAUGCAAGUUUUCACCUCUGGAUCAAAGGACGCUUCAAUAAUUAAUCAGGAACUCAGAUUUGACCCUAAAGAAGAGGUCCACACCCUUGAUGCUUUUCCAGCAGGUGUUGAUGUUGGGAAGUAUAUUUUUGCUUUCGAGAUUGUGCUUUCAGAUCCAGAACAUAAAAAAAUAUAUGCAACUGGAGGACGCACAAAGGUGCCCGUUUAUGUCACAGGAGCCAUCAAAAUUGAUAAUGCCAAAAUUGAAAUACUCGAGAGCGACAGUGUAGAGUCUCAAAACAAGCUUGAUUUAUCUGGAAAGAAUGACGUGGCGUUGUCAGCAAACCAUCUUCAAAAGCUGAGGUUGUCUUUUCAGUUGACAACUCCACUUCAAAACCCAUUCAACCCUCACCAAGCAUUGUUGAAGUUGAGACACGAAUCUGGAGUUGAACAUAUUUUUGUUGUGGGGAACUCUCGCGAACAUUUUAAGAUAACACUGGAUUUUCUUGGGCUUGUUGAGAAAUUAUUUUAUCUCUCGGGUAAAUACGACAUUGAGUUGACAGUUGGUGAUGCUGCCAUGGAGAACUCUUUCUCACAAGCUCAUGGCCAUAUCGAUUUGGAUCUACCUGAAGUACCCGAAAAGGCAACCCGCCCGCCUCCACAAGCUGUUGACCCGUAUUCAAGAUUUGGCCCGAUGCCAGAAAUAAGUCACAUAUUCAGACCUCAGGAGACGCGUCCUUCUCAACAACUCUCUUAUGCUUUCUUGGGUCUCGUUUUUGUUCCGUUUCUUGCAUUUUUGGUCGGGUUGUCGCGUCUUGGUGCCAACAUGAAGAAUUUCCCUACAUCAACAGCACCCGCCACAUUCGCCAUUCUAUUCCAUGGUGGUAUUGCAGCUGUUCUUGUACUCUACAUUCUUUUAUGGUUGAAGCUUGAUCUUUUCACAACAUUGAAAACAUUGGGAGUUUUAGGAAUGUUCUUGCUGUUUGUGGGUCAUAGGGCCCUUUCGCACCUUGCUUCAACAUCAUCCAAGGUUUGA